AUGCCGAAACCAAAACGCAACGUCCAGGCCGUGGCGGACGAGACCACAACUCCGCCCGAAUCUCUCCCCGCCGGCCAAAAAAUCGCGCGCGUGAAAUCUGCCGCGGGUAAUAACUUGUACAACCUGGAGCUGCCUGCAGGCGAGACACUGCUGGCUGAGCUGCCUGCGAGAUUUCGCUCCACCAUCUGGAUCAAGCGCGGCUCUUAUGUASUAGUCGAUACCGCAGCGUUGGCCGAUCGUGGCAACAAAUUAGGCGGGGAGAUCGUCAACAUAGUUCGAGACGAGCGCGCAUGGCGGAAAAAGGCAUUCUGGCCUGCUGAAUACGCCGCCAAAAAGUCGACCUAUCAAGAGAAUUCGGACUCUGAUGAUGCGCCGAAUCGAGAUAUGCCGCCUUCAGAAUCCGAGUCCGAGCUGUCAGACGGCAACCAUUACUCUAUGUGCUCGUGA